AUGAAACGAGUCAUUCGGGGCGGUCUCUGUGCCGAUGAAGUCGGUUUUGGCAAGACGACUGUGAUCUGUGGUCUGAUAGAUUCUCAAUUCACAACAGAUUCGCAAAGAGCUAUUGAGAUGAGGGCAAAGUAUAAAACCUCCCACCACGCCACUCUGAUCGUUACACCGAUGAAUCUCUUCACGCAAUGGGCUGGGGAGAUCAAGAAGUUCCUCGGAUGCAAAUACAAGGUCGUGCUACUGAGAAAUACUCCAACACUGAAAAAGUUCAACGAAUCAGAGUUACUGAAGGCUGAUAUUGUCAUGCUAAGCCUCUUGCCUCUGUCUAUCAAGGAAAAUAUCCCCUUCCUUCAGACAAUUCUACACGGCAUCAGAUGGAACCGCCUCGUCGUAGACGAGUACACCUACCUAUGGGACGACAAACAAAGAUCCGAGGCAAUUAAAGCCCGCUCAAAAUGGAUCCUCUCCGGAACGCCGGGACUGAAAGACUUCACCGGCGUCAAAUCAAUUGCACAGCUUUUGGGCGUUCACCUCGGUAUCGACGAUGACAACGAUAUUCCAUCGAAGGAUAAACGGCUCUACCGUUUUCGGGAGAAGCAAUCCGGGCUCGAAAAGCUGCAAAUGUAUCGACCGCUGCAAAGUGACGCUUGGUAUGAGAAUCGACGGGCUCGUGCACAGGAGUUUCUGAACAGGCUUGCGCGCCAGAACUUUACAACUAUGAAAGUUCUGCUCAGGGUUCAUCAUUGGAUUGUUUCGUUGUCUGAAGAUGUGCGUCAGGCUUAUUCUUCUUUGUAUAGACAUCUUCGUUUCCAACGAGGCGAUCUCGGAAAGGUUGAUCGUGAGCCUCAUGGCUUCCGUGAUUUCUUGAACAAAAUCAUCGCUAGUGCUCAGGGUGGAGGGCCUGAAGACGCUCUUCUAAAAUGCUGUCAGUCAGCGCCUCUUAAGGAGGCCCAGUACCACGUCAAGAUAUGCAAUGACAAUCUCGAGGAUGUUAAUGAGAAGCUGAAAAGCUGGGAGAAGUUCAAGAAAAAAGUAGACAAAAUGCCAGAGUCUCUGUUCGUUCAUCUCCGUCCUGAUCUGUGGGAGAUGAUAUCCGGUGCCCUGCAACCCGACUGUGACGAUGAAAAGAUACAAUCCGAGAUAGGCGAGGUUCUCCAGCGCACGGUACAGGAAUUCAAAAAGCGCAAAGCAGGCAACGAAUCUACGCCGUCCGCCAAAAGAGUUCGUCAUGGUGAAGUUUCUCGCGGAACACAGAACCGCAGAAACCCCAUUGAGGAUUUCCUUGACGAAAAAUGGAAGCAGUCCGAAUGCGAGGAGCUAGUCAGCCUUGAACGAGAGCGCCUGCUCUGGAAAACAAUGCUGGAACUACACGAAGGCUCCAGAGUGAGCUGUUCACGAUGUUCAAAGGGCAGCUCUCGAGGCACAAGUAAAGGAAAGCUCGACAAGAACAAACUCACCAUUCUCCGGACCUGCGGACAUGUCCUCUGUGCAGACUGCCUGGAAAAAUGCACCUAUCAGACCUGCCCCGUGGAAAAAUGCCACAGCUCGACCGAGAAAGUCCACCAUGUCGCAGCUGCAGAACGCAGUGCGGAAGGCUGCUCAAAGCUGAACGAGCUAGUUCGAGUAAUUACCUCGAUCCCAGAAAGUGAACAAGUCCUGCUUUUCUGCCAGUAUACAGAUAUACUGGAUAAAGUCGAGGCAGUUCUCACUUCUGAAAAAAUCGGAUUCUGUCGCGCGAACAAUACCGGCGGACCGAUCUCCCGAUUCCAGGGGAAGGUCAAAAGGAACGAGCGCAAGCCGAAGGUUCUUCUGCUGCGGAUGGCUAGUAUGGAGAUGGCUGGAUUGUACGUGAACCCAUCCACGAAGAUCAUCUACUCAAACGUGAAGACCGAAUGGACUAACCCAUCUUUCACUAGGAACCUGCAAUGCGCAAACCACGUCAUCUUCCUCUGUCCCAUCGUCACAGACUCGCAAGAGCAGUGGGAAGCCCACAUGACACAAGCAAUCGGUCGUGCUCGCCGGUGUGGUCAAAAGAGUGAUUGCGUCCAUAUCUACCACAUUCUUGCCGCAGAGGCUGCCGACAUGGCCCUCUAUCUCCGUUGGCAAAAUGGCCAGGUUCUGGCUGGGACGGACGAUCCAGUCCUCAAGGCGGAGCCCGGUGAGGAAGAAAAGGUGUACAGGGCUCCGGAGCUGAGCUUUGAGCCGGAGGUUGCUCUGGAUGUUGAGGUGGCUGAGGGAGUGGAACAGGAGAUUGAGCAGGAGGGUGGAGAGGAAAUUGGGGAUGACGAUGAGAAUGUGUAG